AUGUCUUUUAGUGCAUUUGUCUUUGUUUUGGUGAAGACUGAAGUUUCACCAAUAGAAGAAGACGAGAAAGAAUCUUUAUUGACAAAGGAAUUACAAAAAAAUGCCAGUAGCAUAAGCUUUGACACUGCAGGUGAGGAAAAAUCCUACGUUGACAGUCUCUCUCCUGGUAUGCAAAGAAUUGUAGGACUGAUUCUAUGCAUAUUUUCUGGUCUUAUGUAUGGACAAAUGUUUACUGGAGCUACAUAUGUACAAGAUCAUCUAGAACUUUACCCAGGGGCAACGUUAAAUGGUUUGGAUUAUGUUUUUGCAGAUUUUUGUGGUAUAUAUGUGACUAGUACGGUGUUUUUUGUUACAUACAUAAUAGUUAUGAAGUUUAAACCAAAGGUCUACCCAAAAGUAAUGAUACCUGCUUUAAUAUCUGGUGUCAUGUGGGCAAUUGGAAACAGUUGCUGGUUUGUAGCAAAUAGAUCUUUAUCAAUACCAGUAGCAUUUCCUAUUGUCACAACUGGACCAUCGAUUGUAGCUUCUUUAUGGGGCGUUCUUGUCUUCAAAGAAAUUAAGGGUACAUAUAAUUUACUGAUCCUAGUGAUAGCAUUUACAAUGGGCAUCACUGGAGCAAUUCUGGCUGGAGUAUCGAAGCACUAA